GGCGUCUUUUCCCGACAUGCACUGCGAGCGAGCAUCCCUUCGCACUAAGCGGUUUGUUGGGAUUACAGCGGAGUCUGUGUGGACGAUCUCCAGCAGCUGAAGAUGUCUGACCAAAUCGAGGAGAAGCUCAAGAACUACAGGACCGCUCCGUUCGACGCCCGCUUCCCCAACACCAACCAGACCCGCAACUGUUUCCAGAACUACCUGGAUUUCCACAGAUGUAACAAAGCUCUGUCUGCUAAAGACCAGGACACGGCUCCAUGCCAGUGGUACCAGAGGGUCUACAAGAGCCUGUGCCCCAUCAGCUGGGUUCAGAAAUGGGACGACCAGCUGGAGACGGGAAAUUUCCCCGGAAAGAUCUGAACACACACAUUCCUCUCCACCCUUCUCCACCUUUACUCAUUCUAUGUUAAUGUAGAGCAUCUGCUCUCUCUGUACAGAAGCAGCUCAAUAAAUUCUAUGAUGUCACUUUGAA